GACUCAUAAUUGUGAAUGAUGUUAGUAUAGUCUUGUGGAUGGACUAAAAUUCUUACAUAAGCUCUAUUUGAUCCUGCGAAGAAGUGGUUAUUUGCCUGGCUUGGCUCCAUAAUGAAUUCUUUGCAGCAGAUGAUAAUACAACAACUGCUGCAGCAGCGACAACAGAUGCAGCAGCACCUACACAUGCUGGAACAACAAGAGAUGCUGCUGCAACAACUAAAACUGCAGCAGCCCAAACACAAAUUGCAUCAACAAAUGCUGCAGCAAUUACAACAACAUAUGCUGCAGGAACAACAAGAGCUGCUGCAGCUAGAAGAAAAACUGCAACAACAAAUUCUGCAGCAGUUACAACAGAUGCAGCAGCAGCAGCAGCAGCCCGAACAAGAAUUGCAUCAACAAGUGUGGCAGCAAUCAGAACAGGUGCUGCAUCAAAUAAAUGAGCUGCUGCAGCUAAAAGUAAAACGGCUACAACAAAAACUGCAGCAGUUACAGCAAGAGUGUCAGCAGCAACAACAAGAGAUUCAGCAGCUACAACAAAUACUGCAUCAACAAAAUCUGCAGCAGUUACAACAACAACUGGAGCAAGUACAAUUGUAAUUACCAGACCUGUAAUAAUGUUAAUUUGCCAUAGAUUCAUCAAUAUCUUUAUUUUAUCUACAUGCACUGUAGACAGUACUUCUCCAGCCCUGCUGCACGGUUUAGUGCUAAUAAAUGUAAUGCUCUUACGCACGGUUUAGUGCCAAUAAAUGUAAUGCCCUUA